AUGAAGGAAGAUGCCAGCGGUGUUGACAAGAAACCGAAGAAGGACAAGUCGACGGAUGCUGGAAGCUUCAUGAUGGAAUCAAGUGAAAACAACGAAGCACGGAAUGACAGUUCGAAGGCAAGGAACUGGGAACGAUUCAAACAGAAAAAGGGCGCUCAAACCUUUUGCUGCCUGCUUUUUAUCUUUGUGGUUGCAAUUGCCGCUGUUGGAGCAUGGCUUGGCACUAGUACAACAUCGUCGAUCUCAAAGGGACCAUCACAACUCGAAGGUGAUGGAAUCACAGGGACGAAUGUCACAGAUUUGAAGGCGGACACCGUCCCUCCAGCUCAGGAUUCCGAAACGAUUACAAGUUCACCUAGCGGAUUUUCAAAUAGCAUCAUUGACUUUGAACCACCCUCGGCAGAAGAUUGUGCAGCCGUCGCUAGCAGAGCUACCAUACAAGGACAAGAAGCAAUGCCCGUGCAGAGAUACAAGCUGGAGCUCGAUGCGACUCCGUUUCUUCCUAUGGAUCUCAGUGUUUCAGCCGACAUCAUUGAGGAGAAGUUUCGAGAGUUGCUGGCUCUUGCACUAACUGGAUGCAAUCGGGUAGUCCGAAACUUGCGACGUCUUCGCUAUCUGGAAGGUUCCUUUGUGUAUGCGAUUGGAAAUGUGGCACUCGAUGCGUCGGGAGUCGAGGGGACACAAUGUGUCGAUGAUUCCAAUCUACGGUGCCAUCGGGUCAACGUUGCACUUGAUAUUGUGGUAAAGGAUGAUUCGGUGAAUGUCGUUGAUGUAAUUGGUGAAGUCAGUACCUUUCUUGGAGAUGGCGUACUUGCCGAAAAGCUUGAAUUAGCUGGGCUCUAUGACACAAUUACUGUUACGAACUUGGGAUACAUCGAUUCUGCGACACCUCCAAACAGCAACGAUGUGGCUCCUUCAGUCGGUCCGACACCAACACCAACACCAACACUUGCAUCUCCCACGCAACUGAGAACUUCAGAUCCAAGUGCAAGUCUCGUUUUUGACUCUACUGUAGAGCCAACCAAUCCACCAACAUUUGUAGCGAACCCUCUGACAACUCCAAAUCCAGCCCCUGUUCCAACACCUCAGCAACCAACUCCAUCACCCACAACAUUUCUUAAUUCGCAAUCAUCUUUUAGGCCCACACAAAUUCCGCAACAAAUGACAUCGACAACCCCUACAUUUGUCAUUCUGACCUUGACCCCAGAGCCUUCGCAGAUGCCUUCCUCAGGCCCGUCCCUGUUCCCAAGCACUGUCCCCAGCACUGUCCCAAGCGCAAUCCCAACCAAAAUCCCAACGAAAGCCCCAACGAAAGCCCCAACGAAAGCCCCAACAAAAUUCCCAAGCAAAAGUCCAACCAAACUUCCAAGCCCAAAUCCCAGCGAAGCCCCAACCGAAGUUCCAAGCACAAGCCCAUCAGUCGAACCGUCAAAUCCUGUAAUGCCAUGCUUUCAAUCGAAUUCAGAUCUUUCUACAGCAGUUGCUUAUUUGCGUGCUUGGAAGUCUGGGUCGGGUUUUUCCUUUUUUGAUCCCUUGUUUCGAGCCCGUACACGUUGGGAGGAGAUCGAGGCGUUUUACGGACCAAUCGAAAACUGGUGUUUCAGUCCAGAUGUUACCAGCAUGAAAGAGCUUUUCCGCGACAGUGGAAGUUUCAAUCGUGACAUAUCGAAUUGGGAUGUUUCUUCCGUUACCGAUUUGAGUUUCAUGUUCAGAAGCGCAACCUUGUUCAAUCAAGACAUAUCAUCAUGGGAUGUUUCUUCUGCCAUCACUAUGGAGGACAUGUUCAGCCAAGCAAAAGCUUUCAAUCAAGACUUGUCAUCCUGGGAUGUUUCUUCUGUCAAAACAAUGUGGGGUAUGUUCAACCAUGCAUACUCGUUCAAUCAAGACUUGUCAUCUUGGGACGUCUCUUCUGUCACAAUAAUGAGGUACAUGUUCCGCAGAGCAACAUCCUUCGAUCAAGACUUGUCUUCCUGGGAUGUUUCUUCUGUCGUCAAUAUGUAUGAUAUGUUCUAUGAAGCAGAAUCCUUCAAUCAAGACUUGUCAUCCUGGGAUGUUUCUUCGGUCAAAGAGAUGAACGGAAUGUUUCUACGUGCAUCAUCCUUCAAUCAAGACUUGUCAUCUUGGGAUGUUUCUUCUGCAACAAGGAUUAAUAAGAUGUUCUACUACGCAUCAUCCUUCAAUCAGAAUCUUUGUUUGUGGGGCUCACGCAUUCCAGGCAAUGCCAAUGUCGCCUCCAUGUUUUCUGGCGCCACUAGCUGCCAAUCACAAUCCAAUCCAAACCUCUCUGCAAAUCCCCCAGGUCCAUUCUGCCAUGUUUGCAAUUAUUGA